CUCGGCAACUGCGAGUCUGUUCUCCAAGUCCAUGAUUUUCUUUUCUGUAGAAAGGUUCAUUUGCGCUGUAUAUUAGAUUCCUCAGCCAAUGGCACUUCUGAAUUUAUACACUUUUACUGGGUAAAAUGCCCACAGUUCCAACUCUGAAGCUGACAACCUAUACAAGUUUUUGUUUUUUAGGCCAGACCUUCUUUCCAAGCUUCAGAGCCACGCAUCCAACAGUUUUCAAGUCUCUCUACCUGGAUAUCACACAACACUUCAGACUUUAAGUUGUUCAGACCUAAGCUUUUUUUGGGGGGGGGGGCAGGGGGUUGUUAUCCAAGGCGUGUGGAAGUCCCUGGGCCAGGGAUCAAACCCAUGCCAUAGCAGCGACCUGAGCUAUAGCAGUGACAACACUGGAUCCUUAACCUGUUGAGCCACCAGGGAACGCCCAGAUCUCUCCAGUCUUGACUUAAAACGAUUGCUGGUUCUAAGGCUGGCUGGGACUUGGGAAUGGCAGCAAGGAUUCUGGAACUUGCCUCAUUAGUUGACACCCAUUUAGUCAGCUUAUGUGGGGAAAUUGGCUCAGUAGAAAACUGGGAAUACUAGGAAUCUGUGCUCUACUUUCCAGUUUCCAGAGUUCCAGUUGUCUUGUGAUUUACCCACCGAGCCCUGCCCUCACUUCCAGUAACUCUGCCCCAGCCAGGAUUCGAGAUCCAGCUGUAGUCACCACCUAAAUUCAGUUAUCACAGACUUUUGUUAUUCAGUGUCUAUAAAACUCCCCCUUUUCUUCUUUAUCCUGUAGUAAAGAACACAGCUUCUAAUUUCAGAGUGCCUAGUUUCAAAUCCCCCCUUUGUAGGAGAUCCACUGUGGUACAGUGGAUUACAAAUCCAGCUGCAGCAGCUCUGGUGGUAGUCGAGGUGCGGGUUCAAUCUCCAGCCCAGUGCAGCACGUUAAAUGAUCCAUUGUUGCCACCGCUGAGGCUUACGUUGCAGCUCCAGCUUGGAUUCAGUCCCUGGGCCUGGGAACUUCCGUAUGCUGUGGGUGUAGCCAUUAAAAAAAAAUGCCCCCCUUUCUAGUUCUGAGACCUUGAGCAAUGUGAUAGCCAGCCUCCGAGAGGGCCCCAACAGUCCCUGCCUGGCAAAUAAUGGCAUUUCACUUCCAAGAUUAGGUUAUGAAAGAUACUUUAUCUUAGAUCCUUCUCAGAUUGCUCUGAGUGAAACCAGAUAGCGUGUCAUGCGCAGCCCUAUGGAGAGAAACAUGUGUGAGCUUGGAAACCCUGGCCGUUCCUGUGCAAGAAGAAUGUGGGUGCUGCUGAACUGGUGGUUCUGGCUCGGUGUCUCGGCAAGAUAUGCUUACCUGCAGUCCGGGAACCCCUGUGAUCAUGUCAUCAGGCUCGAAGUCUAAGAUUGUAUCGUCUACAUCAGGACUGGGGAGCAGAGACACCCCAGUUGCAGUGCGCGUACCUAGCACCAAGAAGAGCUAGGGCUCAUGGAGGAAAUGCUUGAUUCCGGGACUGGAACAGGGAAAGCAUAUGAUGAUCUGGAACAUCUUGGAAGUAACGAAGUAUGGAAAUCCUCAAGGAAUGAAGGGGCCAUAUCAAAAGGACCCAGAAGCCAGGUUGAAGGAGUUACCGUCAGCCAGCUCUAGGAUGGUUCAGAGGUCAAGUCCUGUAUGAAGUGCUUUCUUCCCCUUGGUCCGUCACAGCUCCACCCGCACUGCUGUGACCAUACAUUUGCUCUCCUGACUUCUCCAUCAGAAUCCUAUGCCGUUGCUGUAUUUCCGCUGCUUGAUCCACAGGGGUUCUAUGACAAGGUUGUAUCUCUGCAUGAAGAUUCAGCAACGCCUGUGUCCAACCCUCUGCUGGCAUUUGCUCUCAUCAAACGCCUACAGUCUGACUGGAAGAAUGUGGUGCAUAGUCUGGAGGCCAGUGAGAACAUCCGAGCCCUGAAGGACGGUUAUGAGAAGGUGGAGCAGGACCUGCCAGCCUUCGAGGACCUUGAGGGAGCAGCCAGGGCUCUGAUGCGGCUGCAGGACGUGUACAUGCUCAAUGUGAAGGGCCUCGCCCGAGGCGUCUUUCAGAGGGUCACUGGCUCUGCUGUCACGGACCUGUACAGUCCCAGGCGGCUUUUCUCCCUCACAGGGGAUGACUGCUUCCAAGUUGGCAAGGUGGCCUAUGACAUGGGGGAUUACUACCACGCCAUUCCGUGGCUGGAGGAGGCGGUCAGUCUCUUCCGAGGCUCUUAUGGAGAAUGGAAGACAGAGGACGAGGCAAGUCUGGAGGAUGCCUUGGAUCACCUGGCCUUUGCCUAUUUCCAGGCGGGGAAUGUUUCGUGUGCCCUCAGCCUCUCCCGAGAGUUUCUUCUCUACAGCCCAGACAAUAAGAGGAUGGCCAGGAAUGUCCUGAAAUAUGAAAAGCUCUUGGCAGAGAGUGCCAGCCAGGCUGUGGCUGAGACUGUCAUCCAAAGGCCCAACAUACCCCACCUGCAGACCAGGGACACCUACGAGGGGUUAUGUCAGACCCUGGGUUCCCAGCCCACUCACUACCAGAUCCCCAGCCUCUACUGUUCCUACGAGACCAGUUCCAGUCCCUACCUGCUGCUCCAGCCCAUCCGGAAGGAGGUCAUCCACCUGGAGCCCUACGUUGUCCUGUACCACGACUUUGUCACCGACGCCGAGGCUCAGAAAAUUAGAGGGCUUGCAGAACCGUGGCUGCAGAGAUCCGUGGUGGCAUCGGGCGAGAAGCAGUUACCAGUGGAGUACCGCAUCAGCAAAAGCGCCUGGCUGAAGGACACUGUUGAUCCAAUGCUGGUGACCCUCGACCAUCGCAUUGCCGCCCUCACAGGCCUUGACGUCCAGCCUCCCUAUGCAGAGUAUCUCCAGGUGGUGAACUAUGGAAUUGGAGGGCACUAUGAACCUCAUUUUGACCAUGCUACGUCGCCGUCCAGUCCACUGUACAGAAUGAAGUCCGGGAACCGAGUCGCGACAUUUAUGAUCUAUCUGAGCUCUGUGGAAGCCGGAGGAGCCACAGCCUUCAUCUACGGCAACUUUAGCGUCCCUGUGGUCAAGAAUGCAGCACUGUUUUGGUGGAACCUGCACAGGAGUGGUGAGGGGGACGGUGACACUCUUCAUGCUGGCUGUCCGGUCCUGGUAGGAGAUAAGUGGGUGGCCAACAAGUGGAUCCACGAGUAUGGACAGGAAUUCCGCAGACCCUGCAGCUCGAGCCCUGAAGACUAAAACGUUGGCGAAGCUGGGAGUCCUGUGGCUUCCCAGAGACGCCCGAGGCCAGACGCUGGGGUAAGAGAGGAGGAGGAGAGCAUGCUUCUGGAGGAGGCCUUGCCAGCCUCGCCGGCUCCUUGCAGAUGGGAGACCAGGAAGUGGUCCCCAGCGGGGACACGUGAUGAGACUUACACUGUUUCUCCUCAAGGCCUGAGUCCCAGGAGGGGCGAGGAGGCUGGAGAGUGGUUCUUGGAGUUCAGACCCUCUGUGUUGGGAACAGGACAGAACACUCUCCGGGCUCUGGUCCGUGCAGCUUUUGCCACUUUGAGCCUUGGCCACAGGGGCCCAGACGUGGCAGUGUAGACACCUGCAGGCAGUGCCUGACACCCAUUAGCCCUUCUGCUGAGGACUGAGCAGGGGUGUCUCUGUAUCAGGAGUGCACUUCAUGCGAUGAUUUUUAAAGUAGUAGAAAAAAGUAACUUUUUUUUAAUAUGAUUUUUUAAUACAGCCAUUAAAAAGUUUUGUCAUUAAAAAUGUUUACAAAUUAUUGUUCACAAUGGAGAACAUUCUUACAUUAUAACAUUGAGUGAAAAAGGCGGAGUAUAAUGUUUUAUUUACGCAUGUAUGUAUGUGUUU